AUGUAUACACGCGCUCAGUAUCUAGAAAUCGAGGAAGAGGACAAAUUCACACCUCAACAGGGCAAUCAGGCUGCGCGUGCACAGAAGCAAAGUUGGCACGAGUCUACCCAGCUACCGAACCAAACAAAGUCGGAAAUGAGACUCACCAGUGAUCCCGCUCUGUUGUUGCCGCUAGGUACACCGUCCUGCCCUUCCAACCGUUUGAGGAGUUCAUGGCGUGGCAAUGAGACCGGGGAGACUCAGGCUGCUCCUGAUAUUGCCAAGGCGCUAUUGUUCUUCUGCGUUAGCGUCAGAGUUUGGCAGCUGCCACUUGUGCAUAUCGUGAUCGUUGUCAACAUGGAGAGACAACACUGGCCUGGGCGCAACAACAUUUCGACAUUUCGACAUCAGGACAUCAGGACAUCACCAGCAACCUUCGAGCGACUUCUAACGGCAUCGAUAUUCAUCUCCAGCGAGAAUACGGCAUACCGCAAAGACGAAACAUUCAUACCAUCCACCACCGUAACCAUAUUACGACGAUCCCAAUCUCGCCCUACUGCCCUACCGACUGCCGACUGA